AUGCCGGGCCUGUACUGCCCCUCCAGCUGGACGCCGCUGCCCCUCACGGACUCCUGGGUCCGGGCCUGCGCCAACGGACCCUGCCUGAGCCUGCGGGCCCGGCUCACCUACCACAACCCGCAGCCGCAGCCGGUGGACGGCGUGUUCGUGUACCCGCUGGCUGAGGCAGAGGUGGUAUCCGGCUUCGAGGCCGAGGCGGCCGGACGGCGAGUCUCCUUCCAGCUGCAGAGCCGGCGCCGCUCGCAGGCCGCCUGCUGCCGCGCGCUGGGCCCCGGGUUGGGGACCUCAACCCCCCGCCGCUGCGCGCAGGGUCAUCUUGUCUUGGAUCUGGCCCAGGCCUGGUCCACGCUGGUGCUGCCCACAGGCCUUAUUGCUGCGGCUGGCACCAUGACAGUGACCCUGCGCAGCAGCCGGGAGCUGCCCUCAAGGCCUGAUGGGGUGCUGCGUGUGGCCCUGCCCACCGUGUUCACCCCGCUGGCCCUGCCUGGCCCACCAGGGCCCCCCAGGCCUCCGGGGCUCUGUGACGACAGCCCCACAAGCUGCUUCGGGGUGGGCAGCCCUCAGGAGGAAGGCCUGGCCUGGGAGGAGCUGGCUGCCCCUCAGGACGUGUUUUCAGGCCCUGCCCGCUGUCCUGCCCCAUAUACCUUCUCCUUCGAGAUGCUGGUGACUGGGCCAUGCCUGCUGGCAGGCCUGGAGAGCCCCUCUCAUGCCCUACGGGCAGAUGCCCCUCCUCAUGCCAGCUCUGCAGCCACCAUCUGUGUCACACUGGCAGAGGGCCAUCACUGUGACCGGGCCUUGGAGAUCCUGCUGCACCCCAGUGAGCCCCAUCAGCCACACCUGAUGCUGGAGGCCGGCAGCCUGAGCUCAGCAGAAUAUGAGGCCCAGGUGAGGGCCCGCCGAGAUUUCCAGAGACUGCAGCGAAGGGACAGUGAUGGGGACCGACAGAUGUGGUUCCUGCAGCGACGCUUUCACAAGGACAUCCUGCUGAACCCCGUGCUGGUGCUGAGCUUCUGCCCAGACCUUAGUUCCAAGCCCGGCCACCUGGCUACAGCUACUCGGGAGCUCAUCUUCCUGUUGGAUGGCAGCAGUGCAGCACACAAGGAUGCGAUUGUUUUGGCUGUGAAGUCUCUACCACUCCAGACGCUCAUUAACCUGGCCAUGUUUGGGACGUCAGUGCAGCCACUCUUCCCUGAGAGCCGGCCUUGUAGUGAUGACACUAUGCAGCUGCUCUGUGAGAGCAUUGAGACCCUGAAGGCUGCAAGUGAUCCCCCAGAUGUGCUGGCUGCACUUGACUGGGCCAUAGGGCAGCCCCAGCACAGAGCCUACCCUCGUCAGCUGUUUCUGCUCACUGCUGCCUCACCCAUGGCCGCCACUACUCACCAAACCCUGGAGCUCAUGAGGUGGCACAGGGGGGCAGCCAGGUGCUUCUCCUUUGGGCUGGGGCCUGCCUGCCACCAGCUGCUCCAGGGUCUGUCUGCCCUCAGCAGGGGCCAGGCCUACUUCCUGAGGCCAGGAGAGAGGCUGCAGCCCAUGCUGCUGCAGGCUCUGCGAAAGGCACUGGAGCCUGCUUUGAGUGACAUUUCUGUGGACUGGUUUGUGCCUGAUGCCAUGGAGGCACUGCUGACCCCCCGGGAGAUCCCAGCACUCUACCCUGGGGACCAGCUGCUCGGUUACUGCUCACUCUUCAGGGUGGAUGGCUUCCGGCCCCACACACCAGGGGGCCAAGAGCCUGGCUGGCAGAGCUUGGGUGGGUCUAUGUUCCCAUCCCCAGAGGAGGCCCCAUCUGCCGCCAGCCCUGGCACUGAGCCCACUGGCACCUCAGAGCCACUGGGAACAGGCACUGUGUCAGCGGAGCUGUCCAGCGCAUGGGCUGCAGGGGACUCAGAGCAGAGUGCUGAUGCUCUAACAGACCCAGUCACUGACGCUGGACCCAACCCCUCCUCAGACACAGCCAUAUGGCACCGCAUCUUCCAGUCCUCAUACAUCCGGGAGCAGUAUGUGCUCACCCACUGCUCUGCCAGCCCUGAGCCAGGCCCAGGUUCCACAGGCAGCAGCGAGUCCCCAGGUUCCCAGGGCCCUGGUUCCCCCGAGGGUAGCGCUCUCUUGGAUCCCCCUUCUCAGCAGGGCUGCCGCGGCCUGGCCUGGGGAGAACCUGCAGGGUGUCGCUCCUGCCCCCUCCCCGUACACCCACCAGCUCCAUUCAAGGCGGGUACCUUGAGUGCUGAGGUGCUGGGCCGGCGGCGCAGAGCAGCUCUGGCUGGCCGAAGCCUCUCGUCCCCACCUGGCCAGGCAAACUCAGUCCCCAACCAACCCCGACACCCUUCUCUGGGUGCAGCACCAGAUGGGCCACACCCUGAGCCAGGCCAACAGUUGGGACAGGGCCUUGAUGACUCAGGACACCUGCUCUCCCCAGCUCCCAUGGACUGGGACAUGUUGAUGGAACCACCCUUCUUGUUCACGGCUGUGCCCUCCAAUCAGGAGUCAGCCCCUCCAGUAGUGCCACUGCCUCCACAGGCUCCACGAUGCCAUGUGGUGAUCCGGGCCCUGUGUGGAGAGCAGCCUAUGUGCUGGGAGGUGGGCAUUGGGCUGGAGACAUUGUGGGGGUCUGGGGAUGGCUCACAGCUUCUGUCACCCCCUGUAAGAGAAGCUGCUUGGGACCAAGCACUCCACCGGCUGACAGCAGCCUCCGUGGUUCGAGACAAUGAGCAGCUGGCUCUUCGAGAAGGGCCUGAGACCACAGCUGACCAGGGCCAUGCUCGGAAAUGCUGGCUUCGAGCCCUUCAGACAAGCAAGGUCAGCUCUGCCCCAUCCCGUUUCACUUGCCCCAUAGCUGUGGAUGCUACUACUAGGGAGGUCCUGCCUGGGGCCCUGCAGGUGCAGAGCUCAGAACCAGCUGAGCCCCCAGGAACCCCUUCUGCCUCUCAGGGCCAUCUAGGUGCAACUCCUCUGCCCACAGUUGUACACACUAAAGGACUUCAGGGAGGCUCUCCGUCAGGAGCCUGGGACCUUGACCAAAACGACAACUCCAAGUCUGCUUUGGGGAACCCCAAAACCCCCACUGGAGGUCAUCACCACCUGCCCCCCCAGCCUCCCUCUAGGCUCAGCGUGAGCCGCCAUCACAGACACUGCAGCCCCGACCCUGGCCAUGCCAGAGAAGGCAGCAAUGAAAGCAACCACGACUACCUGCCUUUGGUGCGGCUACAGGAGGCACCAGGCUCCUUCCGCCUGGACAUGCCCUUCUGUGCCGCGGUGUGCAUCCCACAGGAGCGCCUGUGCCGUGCCUCACCUUUCGCAGCGCACCGGGCCAGCCUCAGCCCCACCUCGGCCUCAUCUCCCUGGGCACUCCUGGGCCCUGGUGUUGGCCAGGGCGACAGUGCCACAGCCUCCUGCAGCCCAUCCCCCAGCUUGGGCUCCGAGGGUCCAGGCCAAGUGGACAGUGGGCGGGGCUCAGACACUGAGACCUCAGAGGGGGCAGAAGGGCUAAGUGGAGCCGACCUGCGGGGCCGGACCUGGGCCACAGCCGUGGCGCUCGCGUGGCUGGAGCACCGCUGCGCCUCCACCUUCGGUGAGUGGGAACUGACAGCAGCCAAAGCUGAUGGCUGGCUACGGGCCCAGCACCUGCCUGAUGGCCUUGACCUGGCCGCCCUCAAGGCUGCAGCUAGGGGGCUCUUCCUACUGCUGCGCCACUGGGACCAGAACUUGCAGUUACACCUACUCUGCUACAGCCCAGCAAAUGUGUGAGGGCUGCCAGCUGCUCCGGCUGGUGUUCCUCAACACACUCAAAUCACUGCCACCCAGAGCCAGUCUCUUGGUGCUGGGAAGGGGUAGGCAGGUGUCGGCCUGUCCCCCACUGCUUCUCCCUCCCUCCCCAGAAUCCUCUUGCCCCCACAAGUGCCUGCCUGUGCUCUCUCCUGCUUCUCCCACCCCAUGAACCCUCCCCUCCCUGCUGAGUGGCUCUUACUACCCCUCGCCCCUUCCCCUCUGUGCUCUGAGCUCCGUGCUGCACAGUGGAAAGGGAGAGAGCCACAGUCCCCAAAUCCUAUGCAAUAAAGUGCCUCUUAGGAC